CUUUAUUGUUCCAGCAUCACGGCAGCAGGUUUCGGCAAAGUUUGGAGUUACUCGUGUCACCACAACUGUAUGCCUGCUUGAAGGUGGUUUAGAUACAGGGGCUCAGCGGCACAAGGAGUCUGCAUGUCUGCAUAGACAUGCUCAGCUUUGUGGAUACCCGGAUUCUGUUGCUGCUUGCAGUAACUUCAUACCUAACAUCAUGUCAAUUGACGGGCCCCAGAGGAGACAAAGGACCUCGAGGUGACAGGGGUCCUCCAGGCCCAGACGGAAAAGACGGCAAACCCGGAUUCCCUGGCCCUCCUGGCCCCCCUGGACCCCCUGGACCUUCUGGACUUGGAGGAAACUUUGCUGCUCAGUACGAUGGCGCAAAAGCCCCUGAUCCCGGCCCUGGACCCAUGGGCUUGGCUGGUCCCAGAGGACCCCCAGGACUUCCUGGACCCCCUGGGCCUCAGGGACACACAGGACACGCUGGUGAGCCUGGAGAGCCCGGACAAGCUGGUGCUGUUGGGCCCCGUGGCCCCCCUGGACCCCCUGGCAAAGCUGGAGAUGAUGGUAACAAUGGUAGACCUGGCAAGCCUGGAGACAGAGGAGCCCCUGGCCCCCAGGGAGCUCGUGGAUUCCCCGGAACCCCUGGACUUCCAGGAAUGAAGGGACACAGAGGUUACACUGGUCUGGAUGGCCGUAAAGGAGAACCUGGUGCUGCUGGUGCUAAAGGUGAACCCGGUGCCCACGGAGCUGCUGGAAGUCCCGGCUUGGCUGGACAACGCGGUCUGGCUGGUGAGAGGGGUCGUCCCGGUCCUGCUGGGCCUGCUGGUGCUCGUGGUGCUGACGGCAAUGUUGGACCUGCUGGUCCCGCUGGUCCCAUGGGUGCUGCCGGUCCUCCAGGGUUCCCUGGUGGUCCUGGCCCUAAGGGAGAGGUUGGACCUAUUGGUGCAACUGGCCCAUCUGGACCUCAGGGCAACAGAGGAGAGCCUGGGUCUAAUGGUGCUGUUGGACCUGUCGGCCCCCCUGGUAACCCUGGUGCCAAUGGCUUGAAUGGAGCUAAGGGAGCUGCUGGUACCCCCGGCCCUGGUGGAGCUCCUGGCUUUGCUGGUGCAAGAGGAGGACCUGGACCUCAGGGACCUCAGGGUGCUGCUGGACCAAGAGGCCUCUCUGGAGAUCCUGGUCCUCAGGGUACUAAGGGAGACACUGGUCCCAAAGGAGAGCCUGGUAACGCUGGACCUCAGGGAGCCCCAGGACCUCAAGGGGAGGAAGGCAAGAGAGGACCAACUGGUGAGAUUGGUGCAACUGGAGCUGCUGGCAACCGUGGAGCAAGAGGGGCUCCUGGAAGCCGUGGUCUGCCUGGAUCUGAAGGAAGAACUGGCCCCAUUGGGAUGCCUGGCGCUCGUGGUUCCACUGGUUCUGCUGGACCACGUGGGCCCCCUGGAGAUGCUGGUCGUGCUGGUGAGCCUGGCCCAGCUGGUCUCAGGGGUCUCCCAGGAAGCCCUGGAAGCUCUGGUCCUCCAGGAAAGGAGGGAGCUGCUGGUCCUUCUGGACAAGAUGGCCGCCCUGGACCUCCAGGCCCAUCGGGACCAAGAGGCCAGCCUGGAAACUCUGGUUUCACUGGACCCAAGGGACCAUCUGGAGAGCCCGGCAAACCUGGAGAGAGGGGAUCCACCGGUCCUACUGGACUGAGAGGACCUCCUGGACCUGAUGGCAACAAUGGAGCUGCUGGUCCCGUUGGAGCUGUUGGUGCCCCUGGUGAGAAGGGAGAACAGGGACCCGCUGGAGCUGCUGGUUUCCAGGGUCUGCCUGGACCUGCUGGACCAGCUGGAGAGGCAGGCAAGCCUGGAGAAAGAGGUAUCCCAGGAGAUCAGGGAGUCUCUGGACCUGCUGGUGCCAAGGGAGAGCGUGGCACCAAUGGCAGUCCAGGAGCUACUGGCCCUCAGGGACCAAUAGGACCUCGUGGCCCUGCUGGAGCCCCUGGAGCUGAUGGUGGCAAGGGAGAGCCUGGUGCUGCCGGAGCUGCUGGUGCUCAAGGACACCAGGGAGCUGGAGGCAUGCCUGGUGAGCGUGGAGCAGCUGGUACCCCCGGACCUAAAGGAGAAAAGGGAGAACCUGGACACAAAGGCCCUGAUGGAAAUUCUGGCAGAGAUGGAGCUCGCGGUAUGCCUGGACCCGCUGGACCUCCUGGACCAAAUGGAGCCAAUGGUGAUAAGGGUGAGAGUGGUUCUUUUGGACCUGCUGGCCCUGCGGGACCCCGUGGACCAUCUGGAGAGCGUGGUGAGGUCGGACCUGCUGGACCUCCCGGAUUUGCCGGACCCCCUGGUGCUGAUGGUCAGCCUGGAGCAAGAGGAGAGCGUGGACCUUCUGGAGGAAAGGGAGAAACUGGCCCCUCUGGCCCUGCUGGACCCGCUGGACAGUCUGGACCUUCUGGUCCUUCUGGCCCCGCUGGAGCCCCUGGUGCUCGUGGAGACACCGGUCCUGUUGGUCUCACUGGCUUCCCUGGUGCUGCUGGUAGAGUUGGUGCUCCUGGUCAGGCGGGUAUAGUCGGACCACCAGGCCUUGCUGGUCCAGCUGGUAAGGAUGGCCCUCGUGGUCUCCGUGGUGACCCUGGUCCUGCUGGUCCAUCUGGUGAGCAAGGAAUGGUAGGACCACCUGGUGUAUCUGGAGAAAAAGGAUCCCCUGGAGAGCCCGGCCCCGCUGGAGCUCCUGGCCCUCCUGGAACCACUGGUCCUCUUGGACUUCAGGGAUUCGUUGGUCUAUCUGGUGCUAGAGGAGACCGUGGUACACCUGGUGCUGCUGGUGCUGUGGGAGAGCCAGGAAGAGCUGGACCUCCCGGUGCUGCAGGACCUCGUGGUCCUCCUGGCAACAUUGGUAUGCCUGGUAUGAGCGGACCUCAGGGAGAAGCAGGACGUGAUGGUAACCCUGGUAACGAUGGACCCCCUGGUCGUCCUGGUGCUGCUGGAUUCAAGGGAGACCGUGGAGAGCCUGGACCCGCUGGCUCAAUGGGACUUGGCGGCGCCCCUGGACCUGCUGGACCCACUGGAGCCCCUGGCAGACCUGGAGGCCGUGGAGAGGCUGGCCCAGCUGGUCCCACUGGACCUGCUGGGAUUGCUGGAGCCAGAGGCGGUGCUGGACCUGCUGGACCUCGUGGUGAGAAGGGAGUUGCUGGAGACAAGGGUGAGAGAGGCAUGAAGGGUCUGCGUGGACAUCCUGGUCUCCAGGGAAUGCCUGGACCAUCUGGACCUGCUGGUGACUCUGGACCUGCUGGACCAAAUGGACUUUCUGGACCCAGAGGACCUGCUGGACCACAUGGACCUCCUGGCAAAGAUGGCAGAGCUGGUGCCCAUGGUACUAUUGGUGCUCCUGGUGCUCGUGGACCUCCUGGAUUCAGUGGACCAGCUGGUCCUGCUGGAGCUCCUGGUCUCCCUGGACCACCUGGCCCUGCUGGCGGUGGAUACGAUGUCUCUGGCGGAUACGAUGAGUACAGAGCUGAUCAGCCCACUUUGAGAGCCAAGGAUUACGAGGUUGAUGCCACCAUCAAGUCACUCAACACCCAGAUCGAGAACCUGCUUACCCCUGAGGGAUCAAGGAAAAAUCCAGCCCGCACCUGUCGUGACAUCAAGCUCGGCCAUCCUGAAUGGAGCAGCGGAUUUUACUGGAUCGACCCCAACCAGGGCUGCAUAAAUGAUGCCAUCAAGGUCUUCUGCGACUUCACCACCCGCGAGACCUGCAUCUAUUCCCACCCUGAGAGCAUCGCCCGCAAGAACUGGUACAGAAGCACAGAGAACAAGAAACAUGUCUGGUUUGGAGAGACCAUCAACGGUGGUACUGAGUUUGCCUACAAUGACGAGACCCUGAGCCCCCAGAGCAUGGCCACCCAGCUGGCUUUCAUGCGCCUGCUUUCCAAUCAGGCCAGUCAGAACAUCACCUACCACUGCAAGAACAGCAUUGCCUACAUGGAUGGUGAAAGCGGCAGCCUGAAGAAGGCUGUGUUGCUCCAAGGUUCCAACGACGUGGAGCUCAGAGCUGACGGCAACAGCCGCUUCAUCUUCUCCGUGCUGGAGGACGGCUGCACUAGACACACUGGUGAAUGGAGCAAGACAGUUAUUGAGUACAGAACAAAUAAACCAUCUCGCCUCCCCAUCCUCGACAUUGCACCUUUGGACAUUGGUGAAGCCGACCAGGAGUUUGGUUUGGACAUUGGCCCAGUCUGUUUCAAAUGAAUAGACUUGUGAUAAAUUAACAGCAAAAGAAAAAAAAAAGAGAGAAAGAACGAAAAAAGAAAUCCCCAAAUCUCUGCCCUUCUUUUUGUGUUUUUUUUUUUUAAAUGCUGAUUUCCGUCUGCACAUCCACUUGCUAAAAAUAGGCAACUAUCGGCGAGGACUGAACGGACUGAAAGGAGCGUUUGUGCAAUUCAAAUUAAUACAGCCACCCAAAGGGACGCGGGAAAACACCUUGUUGUGGGACAUUAUGUCAUCCUUUUGUAAAAAAUAAAACAAGUGUAAUAAAAAUGCUGAAGUGUGCAUCACGUUGUGGUCUUUGUAUAUCUUCCAGAGAGGAGGUUUAAAACCACAAUUUCCAAGAAAAAAAGGUUUGAACUACCUCAUGCCUGUGCAUAAAGAAAAUACUAUUGGUGAGAGCUGGGUCCACAACAGAGAUGUUAAGACUUUUGAUGCUUCAAGUUUUGUCCCAUUUCGGAAGGUGCUCAGUUACUUGAAGCAGGGAUCUAUGGUGCUAUUAUGCAGCUGUGGAACGAACCACUUUUUUUGCUGUAUUAUUUUGUAUUGACCUUUGAGGAGUCCUGCUUGUAUCCCGCUGAUACUCCCUCGUUUUAAGCAGGUGGAAUGUUUCAAAAGUUGAUGUCUGUUUGGUUUUGUUUUUUUGUUCUUUUUCUAGCUUGUUUUCUUUCCCCCAUCAUGCUUUUUUAGUCUUCCAGUCCCACUUCCAAUGUUCAUACUGACAGCACAUAAUUUCACAGAGUUCUAAAUAGUUUUCGGCGGCCUCUUCUCUCUCUGAAACAAUGACUCCCCAAAGUCUAUUGUACCUAUUUUGUAUAUGUGAGAUGUUUAAAUAAAUUGUGAAAAGUUCUGAAAUAAAGCAUGUCCAAUGUUCCAAAACCCACUA